UCGGCGGAGUGCGCACCGGACCGGCUCGUCAACUUGUCCGCUGUCUAUUUCGAUCUCACUAUUCUCGAACUGCUUUGGCAGAAAGCGGACUACCAGGCAGACUACCGGAUAACGAAGAGACUCUACCAGCACACCAGACAGUCUCAGACUGGUCGUCAUCGCCUGUUUUACUCCGGAGACUGCGGAUUUUAUCCUUGACACUGAGAGUGCGCAGCGUUUCCCCGAGAUAAACAAAGUCUACGGGCAUUAAGUCUGCUCAUAUUCAUCCAUCCAGUAGCUGGAAAAUAAAAGCUGCAAUCCGUGUUCCGGCCCGGUUGUCUUCUGCGUCCCUUCUCCGGUGUAACUGCACCAGGCAGACUUGGAGAGAGCAACAGUCUCAACCGGCAUCAGUGAGGUAGAAAAGCCCUACAUCAAGCUGCAGCCAUGGAUGAGAUGGACCUGCCCCAGAUGAAGAAGGAGGUGGAGAGCCUCAAGUACCAGCUGGCCUUCAAACGAGAAAAGUCCUCCAAAACAGUCACUGACUUGGUCAAGUGGAUAGAGGACGGCGUCCCAGAGGAUCCCUUUCUGAACCCGGAGUUGAUGAAGAACAACCCUUGGGUGGAGAAAGGAAAAUGCAUCCUUCUCUAGAAGAAACCAUCAACCCUGCCAUGACCCGUCAUCUUUAAACCACCAUGACCAACACACACCUACAGAUCCCCCCCUGUGAACCCCACGGCCAGACAGCGCCUCUUAAUCUCUCACACUGAAUGUACAACAAAUGAAAACCCCAAACUUCCUGAACACACACCCCGACAAGGGCACAGAAACACAGACGGAGAAUCACACUCACACACUUUGAUUCAAAACUUUGGGAUUUUUUCUGACUGCCACACACUCACUGCAAGUUUAUUCCUGCCACGGCGAUGCAUCAUUAAUAUGAUAUAUGAUGACGAUGAUCAAUACUCUUAUUACCUUUCUCUAUAUGGAUAUAUGAUGACUUAUUUAUGCAGCUGCUAGUCACAAGCUUUCUUUCCUCUUUAUCAAUCUCUUCUCUUACUGUAAGCAUUCAAGUUUUUUCUUUUUCAUUCAUUCUUGAUAAUUUGGCAUAAACUGUGGAGUCACAUUCUCUCAGGCUGCAGGCUGACUGCAGAUAUGAAGGGAGAAUUAAACCAGCUGCUGUUAAAGAAAUUAUAAACAUCAUCAAAGCAUAACCUGCUGAAACCUUGAUUAAAAGGAGCCAGCAGAGCUCGUGACUUGAAAGUAAGAAUAAAGUAAGACAGACUAUUUAAACAAAAAAUACAACUGAACUUAUAUCUAUAUAUUAAUAUAUAUUAUAUAUAUUAAUCUCAUUUAUCCCUCUU